AUGCAUGAAAAAGAACAAGAUGAAUCUUUCAAGCUCACCAUUGAUCAUCUUAAAGGAAUCAUCCAAAAUAUAUAUCUUGCUGGAGUAGAUACAAGUGCUAUCACAAUGAUUUGGGCAAUGGCAGAGCUUGUUAGAAACCCUAGAGUGAUGAAGAAAACUCAAGACGAGAUCCGAACAUGCAUCAAAAUCAAACAUAAUGAGAGAAUCGAUGAAGAAGAUGUGGAUAAGCUUCAGUACUUGAAGCUUGUGAUCAAAGAAACGUUAAGACUACACCCAGCAGCUCCUUUGUUACUCCCAAGAGAAACAAUGAGUGAAAUCAAGAUUCAAGGCUACAACAUUCCACCAAAAACCUUUCUAGUAGUUAACACUUGGUCGAUAGGACGAGAUCCCAAACACUGGGAAGAUCCAGAAGUAUUUAUCCCGGAGAGGUUUAUUGAUUGUCCUGUGGAUUACAAAGGACAAAGCUUUGAGAUGUUACCAUUUGGUUCUGGACGGAGGAUGUGCCCCGGAAUGGCUUCAGCUAUUGCAACCAUUGAGCUGGGACUCUUGAAUUUGCUUUACUACUUUGAUUGGAGAUUGCCUGAGGAGGGGAAAGAUAUGGACAUGGAAGAAGAUGGUAAUAUUACCGUUGUUAAGAAAGUUCCUCUUGAGCUUCUUCCAAUUCUUCAUCAUUAA